CCGGCCCGGGGCGGGGGGGCCGGACGGGACGGUGACGGUCCCCGGCGCGGCGGGCCCGGCGCGGCCGCUGGCGGAGCAUGAGGGAGCCAUGAGCCCGCUGCGGGGGUGGCUGCUGGCCGCGCUGCUCUCGCUCGCCCCGCGGGCAGGUCCUGCCACCCAGGCUGGAGCGCUGCCGCGGAGGCUCCCACGGGCCGCAUGGCAGGAAGGGCGGGUGCUCUCCCAAAUCACCCACCCCAGCAGGCUGGUGGGGCAGAGCUCGGGUGGAGAAGUCCCAAAGCAUCAGUUGGACACCAGGGUCAGGCAUGAGCCCGGAGGAGGAGGAGGAGGAGGCGGAGGACCCGGGCUGCACCUGGCACAGGUGAGCUUCAUGGUGCGUGCCUUCGGCUCAGCCUUCACCCUCGAUCUCCGGCUGAACCACCACCUCCUCGCCUCCCACUACGUGGAGCGGCACGUCGGCGCGGGCAGCAACGGCAGCCACAGCACGGGCGCGGGGGAGCACUGCUACUACCAGGGCCGGAUCCGGGGGCAGCCCCGCUCCUUCGCCGCUCUCUCCAGCUGCCAGGGCCUGCGCGGGGUCUUUUCGGACGGCCGAGCCACGUACCUGAUUGAGCCCCAGGCGGGCGCCGAGCACGGGCAGGGUCUUCGACCACACAUCGUGCAGCGCAUCCCCAGCUGCCCCCGACUGGGCUGCCUCUUCCCUGCGCUGAGCCAGCGUGUCCCGGCUGGGAUUCCAAAGCUGCGGCGGCGGCGGCAGGUCCGCCGAGCCCAGCACACGGUGCACAGCGAGACCAAGUACAUCGAGCUGGCCGUGGUGAACGACCAUCAGCUGUUCCUGCAGCUCCGCAAGUCCGUAGUUCUCACCAGCAACUUCGCCAAGUCCGUGGUCAACCUGGCUGACAUGAUCUACAAGGAGCAGCUCAACACUCGCAUCGUGCUGGUGGCCAUGGAGACGUGGGCGGCCGAGGACCGGAUCCGGAUGGGCCAAGACUCCCUGGAGAUCCUGAACGAGUUUGUGAAGUACCGGCGCGAGGGGCUGGCAGAGCACAGUGACACCGUCCACCUCUUCUCGGGUCGGACGUUUCAGAGCAGCCGCAGCGGCACCGCCUUUGUCGGGGGCAUCUGCUCCCCUGCCCGCGCCGGCGGCGUCAACGAGUACGGCAACGUGGCGGCCAUGGCGGUGACACUGGCACAGACACUGGGGCAGAACGUGGGCAUGAUGUGGAACAAGCACCGCACGGCCGCAGGGGACUGCCGCUGUCCGGACGCGUGGCUGGGCUGCAUCAUGGAGGACACGGGGUACUACCUCCCACGGAAGUUCUCCCGCUGCAGCAUCGAUGAGUACAACCAGUUCCUGCAGGACGGCGGCGGCAGCUGCCUCUUCAACAAACCCCUGAAGCUCCUGGACCCCCCGGAGUGCGGCAACGGCUUCGUGGAGGCGGGCGAGGAGUGCGACUGCGGCUCGCUGGCGGAGUGUGCGAGGAGCGGGGGAAACUGCUGCAAGAAAUGCACCCUGACCCACGACGCCAUGUGCAGCGAUGGGCUCUGCUGCAAGGGCUGCAAGUACGAGCCACGUGGAGUGUCCUGCCGAGAGGCUGUGAAUGAGUGUGACAUCCCUGAGACCUGCACCGGGGACUCCAGCCAGUGUCCCCCCAACCUCCACAAGCUGGAUGGAUACUUCUGUGAGAACGAGCAGGGACGGUGCUACGGCGGGCGCUGCAAAACUCGGGACCGUCAGUGCAACGCGCUGUGGGGCCGCAGCUCGGCCGAGCGCUUCUGCUACGAGAAGCUGAACGUGGAGGGGACGGAGCGGGGGAACUGCGGGCGCGAGGGCCUGGGCUGGCUGCAGUGCAACAAGCAGGACGUCCUCUGCGGCUUCCUCCUCUGCGCCAACAUCUCGGGGUCGCCGCGGCUGGGGGAGCUCAGCGGGGAGAUCGCCACCACCACCUUCUACCACCAGAACCGCUACGUGGACUGCAGGGGCGGCCACGUGCAGCUGGUGGAUGGCUCGGACCUGAGCUACGUGGAGGACGGGACGCCCUGCGGGCCCGGAAUGCUCUGUCUCGACCGCAAAUGCCUUCCAGCCACCGCCUUUAACUUCAGCUCCUGCCCCGGCAGCUGGGACGGGAAGAUCUGCUUCGACCACGGGGUUUGCAGCAACGAGGGGAAGUGCAUCUGCCGGGCGGAGUGGACGGGGAAGGACUGCAGCGUCUACGACCCCAUCCCUGAGCCGAAGCCGACGGGGGAGACGGAGCGAUACAAGGGUCCCAGUGGCACCAAUAUCAUUAUCGGCUCCAUCGCGGGGGCCGUGCUGGUGGCUGCCAUCGUCCUAGGGGGGACAGGCUGGGGAUUUAAGAACAUCCGCCGAGGAAGGUACGACCCGGCGCAGCAGGGAGUGUAACCGUGUCCCCCCCAUCGUCUCGUCACCGUCCCUGUCACCGUCACCGUCCGGCAGCCUGACGGCGUGGGAGCCCCCGGGCCCGUCUGUCCGUGUGCUGUG